AUGUUUCCUGUCCAUCGUUACUGCAACUAUUAUAAGCUGAUCCGAAGAUCUUUGUGUUUGGUUAAAAUAUGCACGGAAAUUGUUAAAAAGAGUCAUGUUGUUAUUCAUGCUUUGGGAGUUAUUACUUUCUUACGCGUGCGUGUUUGGUUCAUUACUGUGUCAGUUCAUGUUCUGCCUAUCUGUAAAUUCAUUGCUCCCUUUGUGUCAUUGCCGAUUCAUUUCUAUAUUUUAAUUAAAGCUGCCCUACCAAGUACUACUACCGUCACAGAUAUUCCCCUAACACUUGAUAUCGUUAAUCAAAGAUUUAUAAAUACUCGAUAUAAAGCUAGAACUGUUACAACAAGGCUUAUUGCUGUGUCCGUCAAACGUUUAGGUAAAAAUGUUAAAUUUCAUUCGGUGGACAACUCUGUUUUUGGCAGCAAGUAUUAUUCUGUCUGUCCUGUAGGCCUUUCAGCUCUUGACAUUCGCCAAUUGUAUAUUAAUGAGAAAUCAAAACAAAAAAAACCGUCGAUGCUCUGA